UCGCUCUCUCUCUCUCUCUCUUACACACACACGCACACACACACACGCACACACACGAAAACACACACCAGCCGACCACCGUUUUCAGCUCAGUCAAAUAUCUUUUAACAGCAUCACGUUGUGUGUGAAGACUGGCGCCAGAGCAUCGCUGGAACCAUGCCUGUUCUGCAGAUUUGGACUGGGAAAUUUCAUCCACCGAUUUGAUUGUCAGGAGGCUGCUGCUUCAGCCAUUCAUGCCAGUGUUUGCUUUUUUUCUGCCUUUCCCCCCCUCCUUUCUCCCCCAACUGGACUUGUCAUCACUUUUAAAAGUAUCCUGUAUGCUGUUCUUUUUUAUUCGGGCGAAGAUGUCUGAUCUUCUGGUGCUGGUAGAGGGGCUCUGUGACCUGCACGGAUUUCCAUAGCUGAGGGAAAGCAGCGGGGGCCAAGUACCAGAUUUUCUUUUUUUUUUUUUCCUUUUUUUUUUUGGCCGUUAUAAUGAAGAAUUCGCAUGCGUAGAUGUAGGCGAGUUUAUUCUACUGAUUUAAAAAAGGCAAUUAUUUUUAUUUUAUUUUAUUUUAAUUUUUGGAAUUGCCUGUUUUUAGUUUUCUGCAUUUUCGGGAGGACCACUGGACUGGUUGGAUUAUAGAAACUAUAAGGAUUCGUGGAGAUGUUGGGUCGUCAAGAAGAAAAAAUAUGUGGAAUUUUCUCUGCUUUGGCGGCUUUGUCCUUCCUUUGCUUUGUACAAAGCUCCACCACUGGAAGCACCGGAAUGUCUGUGGCCAAGACUACCGUGGACAAGUUGCUGAAGGGAUAUGAUAUCCGUCUAAGGCCUGAUUUUGGAGGUCCUCCAGUCAUUGUAGGAAUGAGCAUCAACAUAGCCAGCAUCGACUCCAUCUCAGAAGUAAACAUGGACUACACUAUCACAAUGUAUUUCCAGCAGAGCUGGAGAGACAAACGUUUGGCCUAUGGGGAGCUGAACCUAAACUUGACUUUGGACAACCGUGUAGCAGACCAGCUGUGGCUCCCUGAUACCUACUUCCUUAAUGACAAGAAGUCCUUUCUUCACGGGGUGACUGUGAAAAACAGAAUGAUCCGACUGCAUCCUGAUGGCACUGUCCUAUAUGGGCUGAGAAUAACAACUACUGCUGCCUGCAUGAUGGACUUAAGGAGGUACCCUCUUGAUGAGCAGAACUGCACUCUGGAAAUCGAAAGCUAUGGAUAUACAACAGAUGACAUCGUAUUUUUUUGGCAAGGAGACGACAACGCCGUGACCGGGGUUGACAAGUUGGAGUUACCUCAGUUCUCCAUUGUGGACAUUCGCUUGGUCUCCAGGGAGGUCAGGUUUACUACAGGUUCAUAUCCAAGGCUUUCAUUGAGUUUCAGGAUUAAGAGGAACAUAGGCUAUUUCAUCUUGCAGACAUACAUGCCCUCCAUCUUGAUCACCAUCCUCUCCUGGGUCUCCUUCUGGAUCAAUUAUGAUGCCUCUGCAGCUCGCGUGGCCCUCGGUGUGACAACGGUGCUUACCAUGACCACGAUUAACACCCACCUUAGGGAGACCCUCCCAAAGAUUCCCUACGUGAAAGCCAUCGACGUCUACCUCAUGGGCUGUUUUGUGUUCGUGUUCCUGGCCCUGCUUGAAUAUGCCUUUGUAAAUUAUGUGUUCUUUGGCCGGGGCCCCGCGCAGCAGAAGAAAAUCAAUGAGAGGCUGGGCAAAGUCAACAACGAGCGCACGAGAUACGAAGAGAAGCGCCUGAGGGAACAGGACUCCAUUUCCGUGCCGUUUCAAACCAACACCUUCAGGUCAUUUACACAGCGAAGAAAUCUGUAUCUCGAGGAACAAAGAAAAGUUGGGGUGGAUGCUUACGGAAACAUCCUCCUCACCACUCUGGACAUGAACAAUGAGGUGAUGCCUUCCGACGUGGGGAGCAGCAUCGGUGACUCUCGGAAUUCCGUCAUGUCCUUCGACAGCUCCGGGGUCCAGUUUAGGAAGCCCAUGGCGCCGCGGGAUGGCUACAGUCCCCACUCGCUGGACCGGAGCGCCAUGCGGAGCCGGGCCAACUGUCGGCUACGACGACGCUCCUCGAAGCUCAAGUUGAAAAUCCCAAACCUGUCAGAUGUUAGCACCAUUGACAAGUGGUCCCGGGUCAUUUUCCCCAUCACCUUUGGAUUUUUCAACCUAAUCUACUGGUUGUACUAUGUGAAUUGAUGUGCAUCCCACUAGGAAUCAUGGGCCAUAUUUUGAGAGCACAUUAAAUUGGCUUUGAUACAGUUCCAAAAUAUGUAUACACAUAUACAAGUUGAAAAUAUGUAUAUGCAUAUUUCCAUAUAUUAUAUUUAUAUAUACACGUGAAAUCUGAAGGACCUUUCUGCUGUACAAAGUAUUGCUAGGAUGACUUGAAUGUUAAAGAAUACUUGUGCGAGAAGAACUUCAACGCUUUGAGUUUCUUUUUCCUCCUGAAACAAACAUGAGAUCCCCACCGGGGGGGUUUCAGAACUAAAGACUGCAUGAUAUUUUUGCUAAAAAAAAGAAAAGCAAAAAAAAAAAAAGAAGAAAAAAAAAGGAAGCGAACGCUCUUGAGAGAGAAAAGAUGUCUCAGAGUCCCAUUGACCUUUUAUUGAUACUUAUCGUACUCAGAAAUCCUUAUCUGCAGCUCGAGAAAUCAGCGGUGGCUCGUCUGUCCAGGCACCGGCUCAGUGAGGUCAUUGGAACCACCUUUGAUCCCCGCCCCGACCCACCCUCCGCCAUUACCCCACGGGAUGACAUGCACGGAAACCUCCGGUUCUACUAUGUACAGCAAACCUGUUCUGAUUAUGUGUUGUUCCUUGGCUUUUUUUUAGAGCGAAUAUUGUUCACUAUAUCAGACAUCAGGUCCGGACGAAUGGUCUCAAUUGGGUUGGCGUAUGGAUAGGAUAUGUGACCACUGCACUCGCAGCCAGAGUCAACUUCAACUUUCUUUUUUCUUUUUUCUUUUGUUUUCUUAGUUCCGCAUCCUCGGAAAGGUGGGUUGUGGGUGGGACUGGGUGGGGGUUCUGGGUAGGGAAAAA